AUGUUCUACACCGGUGGUCUACCAUUCAAUUUGGCAAGGAAUCCACAUUACCGGAACUCUUAUAUUCGUGCUUCUACUCUUCCGAGCUAUGUUCCACCGGGUUACAAUGCCAUAAGGACCACACUUCUUGCAAAGGAAAAAGCAAAUAUUGAGAAGCAUUUGCAACCACUCAAACUUUCAUGGAAGGAUAAGGGUGUGAAUUUAUGUAGUGCUAGUUGGUCCGUUGCACAAAGAAGAUCAUUGAUUAAUGUGAUUUCUAUUUCCGAGAGUGGUCCGAUGAUGUUGAGAGUUAUAAAUUGUCAUGGAGAAUACAAGGACUCGGACUUAAUUGCAAACUUGAUUAUUGAAUCCAGCAAGGAAGUUGGAUAUGAAAAUGUAGUGCAAGUGAUUACCGACAAUGCUCCCGUUUGUGCAAAAGCCGGUGCAACGAUAGCAAUUCACACAUUAAAUCUUGCUUUGAAGAAUAUUUGCACACCUUCUAAUUGCUUGAGCAAUAUGGAUGUGUAUGAGCUAUGUUCUUGGAUUCGACCUAUUGCGGAGGAUGUUAUGUAUAUUAAGAACUUCAUAAUGAAUCAUGGAAUGAAAUUAGUUAUGUUCAAUGAUCAUUUCCCUUUGAAGUUGUUUGUGGUUGCUCCCACAAGAUUUGCAUCUACGGUUAUUAUGUUUAAGAGGUUUAAGGCAAUCAAGAAUGGUUUGCAACAAAUGGUGAUUAGUCCAAAGUGGGAUGAUUAUAGAUUAGAUGAUAGAGAUAAGACAGCUAGGGUAAAUGAGAUGUUGUUGGAUGAUUUAAUGUAG